AAAAGACUUAUCGGAUCUAAUUGUUUUUCCACAUUUUCUCCCCUAUAUAUAAGGAUCUUGAACAACAACCUUAGAGUUCUGCUAUAACUCUCCAUCUCCUACCCCUCUGCCCCCUCUCUCCAUCUCUAUUUGCCAGAGACUCUGACAUCCUUCACUCCAAAAUCAUGGCUUCCAUGACCUGCUCAGCGGGCGAUCUUGCUCAGUUACUGGGUUCCAACGUUACUAACUCCACCGGGGCUGCUGAUUUCAUCUGCUCCCAAUUCAACACCGCGGCUGACAACUUCUCCGCCACCCAAUAUGCUGUGGACAACACAUAUCUCCUCUUCUCCGCCUACCUUGUGUUCUCCAUGCAACUUGGCUUCGCCAUGCUCUGUGCAGGCUCCGUACGUGCCAAAAACACCAUGAACAUCAUGCUCACAAAUGUUCUUGACGCUGCAGCCGGUGGCCUCUUUUAUUACCUCUUUGGUUUUGCGUUUGCCUUCGGGACUCCCUCCAAUGGGUUCAUUGGCAAACACAACUUUGGUCUUAAGAAUUUCCCUUCUUCUUCUUUUGAUUACAGCUACUUUCUUUAUCAGUGGGCUUUUGCUAUAGCGGCUGCUGGGAUAACCAGUGGUUCAAUAGCUGAAAGAACCCAGUUUGUUGCUUAUUUGAUUUACUCUUCUUUCUUGACUGGGUUUGUUUACCCUGUUGUGUCCCACUGGUUCUGGUCUGGUGAUGGGUGGGCUAGCGCGACAAGAACAGACGGGGAUUUGUUGUUUGGUACUGGGGUUAUUGAUUUUGCAGGGUCUGGUGUGGUGCAUAUGGUGGGUGGGAUUGCUGGUCUUUGGGGUGCUCUAAUUGAAGGUCCAAGAAUCGGACGUUUUGACCAUUCAGGCAAGGCUAUUGCUUUGCGUGGUCACAGUGCUUCCCUUGUGGUUCUUGGCACUUUCUUGCUUUGGUUUGGUUGGUAUGGGUUUAAUCCUGGGUCAUUCACUAAGAUCUUGAGUGCUUACCCUGCUGGUGGCUAUUAUGGUCAAUGGAGCGCAAUUGGUAGAACUGCUGUUACAACAACCCUAGCUGGUUGCACAGCUGCUUUGACCACUCUUUUCGGUAAAAGAAUUCUGUCUGGUCAUUGGAAUGUUACUGAUGUUUGUAACGGUUUGCUUGGUGGGUUUGCUGCUAUUACUGCUGGGUGCUCCGUGGUUGAACCAUGGGCUGCUAUAAUAUGCGGGUUUGUUGCUUCUUUAGUGUUGAUUGGCUGCAACAAAUUGGCUGAGAUCCUCAAGUUUGAUGACCCGUUAGAGGCUGCACAGUUACACGGUGGAUGCGGCACUUGGGGUGUCAUCUUCACCGCCUUAUUUGCCACGGAGAAGUAUGUAAGGGAGGUUUACCCGAACAAACCGAAUCGUCCAUAUGGGUUGUUCAUGGGUGGUGGUGGAAAGCUCUUGGGUGCUCAUUUAAUACAGAUUUUGGUGAUUAUCGGAUGGGUCAGUGCAACCAUGGGCCCAUUGUUCUUUGUUCUUCGCAAGCUCAAGCUCUUGAGGAUCUCAUCUGAGGAUGAGAUGGCUGGUAUGGAUAUGACCCGGCAUGGCGGGUUUGCUUACAUUUACCAUGAUGACGAGUCUAACAAGCAUGGUUUCCAGUUGAAGAGAGUUGAGCCUACUUCUAGAACCCCUAAUGCAAACGUGUAAGAGGGACCUCAUAUUUUUUUUCCCCUUUUCUUAGGGUUAGUGUGUGUUUGAAUAUGUCGAUAAAUGUUGUAUGGAGAUAAGGAAGACUUGGACUAGAUCAAUUUGUUUCUCUGUUGAAAAUCAUGUUCAUAUAGUAAAUGUCUUGCGGUGGUUGAGAGGUAUUGGAAUUUGCAAGUCACUUGGCAAAGGGAUGAUCAUUGUGGGGAUGCUUUUGUUUUUUUUGUUUUUUUAUCUUGUCUUGAAAAGAUGCACGUGUCCACUUGUUCCCAGACGGAACGGGAAUUGUUUUGGGUUUUUUCAAGCAACGACAAACAAAAGAAAAAUAAAUCAAGCGUGGUGAUUUUUUUUUA